AUGUCGCUGCCAUUGCGCCUCCGUAAGGCUAAAGCACUCGUCUCGCAGUCGUCGCAGACAAAGUCAGAUCCGUCCAAUGCUGAAGGGAAGGCAGAUGCGUCGCCGCCCUUUCCCUUCGCACGCUACAUAUCGGUAACAGGCGUGCACGUCUGCCUGCUGGUCUUCACCGCUCUCUAUCUGCCCCGUACAGAUCUCUCAUUCCUCAUAAGCCUAUCUCCCUUCCAACGCCGUCAUGUUGACACUGGAGGCUCUCAGGACGCGCCGUCCGAUGCCAUGACGCUGUUGACGUCGAAUCCGACGCAAACAGUUGCGUGGAUGUGUCUCGGGACAUUCAUCAUACAGGCCUGGUGGUCAAACUGGCUGAAGACCUGGUCUGUCGAGGCCAGAGAGGCAGCGACGGGGAAGCAGGAUGCAGCCGAGUUGACCAAGCAGAAGAUGCGCAGACGGUUCCUCAAUGAUCUCUGGACAUUCAAAGGCGCAUUCGCCGCAACGGCCAUAGUGUCGGUUGCUUUCCAUGUCGUGCUUGUGUUCUUUGGCGCACCUAUCGCGAGUCAUGUAUUCCAGACAUACUAUCUUGCCCUGCUUCUCGCGCUUCUGACGAUUUGGACGCCCGCAUAUGCGCUCGGCCCGCCCACUAUGGGAUCCAACACGGAAUCUCUGCUGAUUAGGUUGACCUGGAUCCGACUCUUCGCUGAGCUCUCGCCACGGACGCCAUUGGAACGGACCAUGGUGUAUCCAGCGAUCGGCGCUAUGCUCGGCUGUUGGUCCGGGGCCAUCCCCAUUGGCCUUGACUGGGACAGGCCCUGGCAGGCAUGGCCACUCACCCCUGCGUUCGGCGCAAUCUUUGGAUACAUUGCCGGGUCUCUCACCGCCUUAGUCACGAGCGUUGUGACUUGGCUUGCAGAGACCGAUAUCAUAUCCAGUCAGGUUCCGGCAAAGAAACAAAAGGGCAAGCAGCGGUAG